GCGCAAUACAUGAGUAGUUCAUACGUAUGGAGAGAGAGUUUCUAAUAAAAGAACUAAAUUUGGACCAAUGCCAUGAUGACAUCAGGCAGGCCAUUAACAGAUAUAAUGGAUUUGAUUUGGACAGGAGGCACAUGCAAUCUCGUCUCUUACCAGUAUAGAGUUGAAGGCCCUGCAAUUCUGACACAAACUAAAUGCUAGAAAGUAACGUACGUGGAUGAAGAUCGACAAUUCAAAUCCUGACAUUCUUUUUUCCCAUGAGCUCGAUAGAUCUGUAUCAGAAUUUUCUGAAAUUCUCAGCUCACCUAACAGCGCUCCCAUACCAACCACAGACUCACAUAUCAAAUUUAUGGCCAUGCCCCACUGUCUCCUCCCCCCAUGUCCUCACACCAUUAAAUGUUCAGGAUCACAACAACAACGCCAUGCAGCUUCACUGUAACCAUGAAGAAGUCCCUUCCACCUGUUCAAUCACAGAGCUCAGAGAGUGGUUCUGGUGGUGCUGAUCAAGUUUACAGCCAAAGCAUCAUAGUUCCUCCUACAGCCAUAUCAAUAGCCGAUGGCUUUGAAAAGAAUGAUCACUCAUGGUACAACUUAAAUCAGCGAUGAUACAGGAUUCUCAAGCCAGCGAUUAGAACUAGCAACGUUACUGCUAGUUUGUCGAAAGACAGCUAGCGUGUGUUUUGUUUCUAAAUCAUAACCAAGCUAAUGUUUGUCAAUUCCCAAAUCCCGACGGAUCUAUCAAUUCAAGUUCAAGACAUCACCUUUACUGUUCACAAGUAUCCCGUGGUAUCCAAAUGUAGCUACAUAGGCCGCUUGGAACUUCUGCCUUCAAUUUCAAAUUUUGGGUACGAACUCAAGCUUGAAAACUUCCCAGGUGGACCAGAAGCUUUUGAAAUCAUUCUAAAGUUCUGUUAUGGUCUUACACUAGAAUUAAACCCUAGCAACAUUGCUCCACUAAGAUGCGCAUCAGAAUUCCUAGAAAUGAGUGAAGAACUUGAUGAUGGAAAUCUCAUCUCAAAGACAGAAGCUUUCCUCACAUUUGUAGUCCGCUCAUCAUGGAAAGACACCAUAACUGUUCUCAAAUCCUGCGAAACUUUAUCUCCAUGGGCAGAAAACCUCCAAAUAGUUAGAAGAUGUUGUGAGUCAAUAGCAUGGAAAGCUUCUAGAGACAAUUCAACAAUAGGAGAUAUGGUUAAUGAUGAAGGAUGUUGGUUUGAUGAUGUGGCUUCCCUUCGAGUUGAUCAUUUCAUAAGAAUUAUAACUGCAAUAAGGGCAAGGGGAACAAAACCAGAGAUCAUAGGUAAAUGUAUAAUGCAAUAUGCAGAAAGAUGGCUGCCAGGCAUGGAUGUGGAAUUAGAAGGUCCAAGGAAAUAUGGAAAUGGAAAGAAUGAACUGCAGUUCAGUAUUUUGAUUGGAAGGAAGGAAGGUGAGGGUAUUGAGCAUAGCCAGGAGCAAAAGUCUAUUUUUGAAAGCCUAGUAAGCAUACUUCCUCCUCAACCAGAAGCAGUCCCAUGUAAGUUCUUGCUGAAGAUGUUGAAAAUGGCAAUGGUUUACUCUGCAUCCCAAGCUUUGAUCUCAGAGCUUGAGAAAAGAGUGGGGAUGGUGUUGGAAAAUGCCAAUGUGAAUGAUCUUUUGAUUCCUAAUUAUAAAAGUGAAGAUCAGGAGAAAUUAGUGAACUCACUUGAACAACGAACAAUGCACAACAUAGAAGUGAUACAGAGAAUCGUUGAAUAUUUUCUGAUGCAUGAACAAAAGCAGCAGCAACCGUCACAGGCAGCAGGGAAAUCAAGUGUUAGUAAGCUUUUGGACAGUUAUCUAACUGUGGUUGCAAAGGACCCUGAUCUCUCCAUUACCAAGUUUCAAGUUUUGGCUGAAGCCCUGCCAGAAAAAGCUCGGACAUGUGAUGACGGUCUUUAUGGAGCCAUUGACACCUAUCUCAAGGAUCAUCCUUUGCUCUCUGAGCAUGACCGAAAAAGGCUGUGCAGAAUAAUGAACUGCGGGAAGUUAUCGCUUGAUGCAUGCUCGCAUGCAGCACAAAAUGAUAGGUUGCCUCUACGAACAGUUAUUCAGGUGUUGUUCUGUGAGCAAAUAAAAAUAAGGGCAGCAAUGCAAGGAAAAGAGCCAGUAGCAAAUGGUAACAGCUCAGAACAAGAAAUAACUCAAACAUCAACAAAAACUGAGAUCAGGACCCUAAGAGCAGAGCUAGAGAAUGUAAAGAUGCAAAUGACAGAGCUGCAGAGGGACUAUUUUGAACUGCAACACGAUUACAGAAAGAAAAACAACAAGCAUAUGAAUAGAUCGGCUUGGAAUUUUGGUUGGACAAAGAUCAGAACAUCAGCUCUUUUCCAUAGAAAAUCAGAUGGGAAUUUAAGCGGACAAGUACAUAAGAUACCCAAUUCACUUGGCCACAAAAUGAAUUUCAGAAGAAGACUAUUCAUAUCAUGAUUUUAUAUGAAUUACAUGUUUUCUAAACGAAAGUCCACCUGUAACCAAAAAGGGCUUGGUGCAUCUUUCUUGUUGAAGCAUACAAUAAGCCAUGUUGUAGUUUCAUUCAAUGUAAAAAAAGCUUGCCAGGAAUAAAUCCCAGUGCAUCA